UGUUUUUGACGUGUUACCUGUCGCUUUCUCUAAUCUCUAUAUAUUUACAAAAUAUUUAUUUAAAUAAUUAAUUCUUCUUUAAAAAUAAAAGACAUGUCUAGCGGUCAGUGGGAAGUUGUCGGUAAAAAUAAGAAAUCCCAAAACGGUAAAGUAAAAAAUGUUAAAGAAGAAGAGAAGAAACCAACUAAGAAUGGACCGAAACUUGAAGAUGUCGUUCCCCAUUCCCAAUUAAAACAAUAUUACAGUGGAAUGGAAAUCGACGAUACUCAAAAACCGCAAAAUAACAAAAAGAAUGCCGAUAAAAAGAAAAAGCAAGAUAAAAAAUCCGAACCCCCUAAACCUAAGCUUCCUAAAACGAUCGAAGAAGCUUUAGAAAUGAUUGAUCUAUCGGAGCUUGGAAGCAUCAUAACCACAAACAAACUUAGAUUUUCCAAUGCCCCUCUGGUCUGGUUGAAGGAAGUAGCCAAUUAUCUUAAUUCAAAAAUUCCCAUUGAUGUUGAGGAUCCAACAUUUUUGCAUAACAAUGCUGGCUACCCGCUAUCUGCCGCUCCUUUAGAAGUCAUCAAACUACUAGAAAAUGUUCUCCAUGACGCCGGAAAGGCGAACACGCAGUUAUUUUUCGAUGUAUCCUUAACAGCGCUUGCUAAUGAUAUGAGUCGAGGUCAGUCUGUCAAUGGUUACAGAUUGUUGCUUCAAAUAUUGGCUCAAAAGUAUCCAGAUUUUUGUCUUGUUUCUUUACCUAAAAGUAUAAGUUUAAGAAACUCCUAUCAAAAUCGACCGCCUAUUGGUCUGUCCUUGCUUUGGACUUUAGGCCAAGGCGGCUUUAACAACUUUGCUGUGGGUUUAAAAGUCUGGCAAGACUUGUUCUUCCCUCUAAUAGAAUUGAAGAAUUACUCGAAAUAUGUGAUAUUAUACUUAUGUGAGAUUCUUAACAAGCCCGCUGUGAUGGAUAGUACAAAAGUGACCCAGGACCAACUCCUGGCCAUGUUCGAUAUGGUGAAUGGCAAACGUAAUUCCCUAUCAAAGGACCUGUCAAGUGACCUUAUCAAGCAAUUAAGUAAAUAUAAGGAUAUAUAUUUUAAACAUAGCGGUAAUAAGCUCCAGGUUACUUUUAACCAGCUAAUGAAGAAACUGCCAAACCAGUACUUGAGUGGUAACACACUUGAUAGUUACAAUAAGGUCAUAGUUGAAAGUCUUAUUGACUGUUUGCGGUUAGACGAUUCCUGCAACGCGACAUGGAGACAGUUGUUCAAUAGAUGCAGCAAGCAAUCGGCAACUGUUAUUGAGUAUAUAGAUACGAAUUGGGAUGAAGUUAGUUCGAGGUUGAAAAAGAAAUCCUUGAAGGCGACCGUACUGCAGUUCAAGGAAGUCUGUGGGGAGACACUGAAGGGCAAGAAAAAAGAUGAAACAGUCGUCAAGGCUAACAAGAUCUGCCAGGAUAUUCUAGACAGAAUGACGAGCACUAGAAGAUUCCCGUGGGUUUGGGCCAGUCUGUUGGUGCUGAUCAGUAUUGGUGGGCUGAUUGCAUAUGAUGUAUCCAGGGUCGGAGGAGAUUUCCCCAAGAGUGCGACUGGUAAACUGAUGAAUGACUUGGGUAUUCUUGAACAAAGUCAGAGAGCAUGGCAAAAGGGUCUGUCAGUGUCGGCCCGGGGUUAUCUGUGGAUGGAAAGCAAUGCACCAGUGUAUUAUGCCCAAACUGUGGAAGCCUGCAAACCAUAUGCACAGCUCUCCAAGGAUGCAGUCACCAUUGCUGUCAAGAAGCUUGGAAUCCUAUAUGUCAAUAUGAAGGAAUACGUUGUUGACAAGACACCUAUAGUUGUGGCAACUAUAGAACAGUAUGCACCCGGCGUUGUUGAGACUGUUCAAAGUUACGCUGUCAAUGGUUUUGCCGCUGUUAAGAAAUAUUCAAAUGACUACUAUCAAAUGACAGUUGAUUAUUUAUCGACUAAGGUCUUUGUAGGUGAUUGGGCUCCGGAGAUCCUUCACAACAAGACUCAGUUGGCCUUAAACGCUACAAAGCUGCACAUGUGUACAUAUUUCCACUGGUUCAGAGAGCAGGUGAAUGUGUACUCCAAGAUACCGUGAAGUUUGUAGUUGUAGACGGCCAGUGAAAGACACUGAAACAAUUUCUUUUCGAUAUAUUAUUUAAUUUAUAUUUACACGACCGAUCUUUACAAAUUUUAACUGUUCAGGGAUAAUGUGUUUUAUCAAAUUUUAGUUUAUAAAUGAGUCAUCAGUGUGGAAGGUAUUGUUUAGUUAAGUACAACGCCUUACUUGUUAAACUAUCUGAGUUCAGAUCGAAUAAUUUUUGUUGUAUAUAGUUUAUGUCUCAGUGUUUGUUCCUCACGGUAACUUUGUAGAAGCUGUGCAAUGAAUUGUCUGUUUCGAAGGUUCAAUUGUGAAUGAUUAAAGUGAAAUUUUUACAUAGAUAAAUUUUUUUUAAAUUAAUUAAAAGCCCUUUAUCGAUCAAUUGAAAGAAUCAUGGCAAGAUCAGUAUUUUUUUUUUAAUACAUUCCGUCAAACGCAUUUCGGUGAAGACUAGCCCUUCUGAUUUUAACUGUUAUAGAUAAUAAAGAUUCCUAGUGUAUUUAUUUGUGUUGAAAGAUUGUGUGUUAAAUGCUGAAAUAAAAAAAUUUUUAUUCA